CCGAGCGCUGUUCCAUCGUACAGAGAGAGCACGGUAGCCCGUGUUUUUUAGCGUGUGCUUUUUCGUAGAUUCACGUCGCACGCCGCACGCCGCACGUUCUCGGCGGUCCGGGCGGUCCCCGGUGGUUCCCAGUGGUUCCCAGUGGUCCUCGGUGACACGGCCCGUCGCGCGUUCACCAGCGUCGUAGCCUCCCGCAGCCCGUCGAUCUGCAUGCACGCCGCGCGAGGCUGGAUAACCCUCCUCCUCGUCCGCGUCCGCGUCCGCGUCCUCGUCCUCGUCCUCGUCCUCGUCCUCGUUCAAAGUUCACCGUGGGCGAACGGGGACGUUUUCUCUCGGACGUUUUCAUGUCCGUGGAAGUAGCUGCGGUGCGGGGGGGAUCCGCGAGCGUCGUCUACGCGGUGUUUUAGUGCGGGAGAAACCCAACGGGGCCCGGGGGAGAAAAGAGAGAUCGAUCGGAUCGGAGCGGCCGUUCGCACGGACGAGAGCACUGUCACCGCCACCGCCACCGCCACCGCCACCGCCACCGCCACUUACGUUAGCACUGCCUCGUCGCCGUCGUUGUCGUCGUCGCCGUCGCCGCUGCUCAUUCCGACCCACCGACCACCUUCGCGACCGACGGCAUUUCCCUCGGCGUUGCGCGUCGUUACAUCACGUCACGCCACCCGAGAAGGUGGAUCCGAGCGGAUCUCUCGAGUCCGUGCGGGACGGAUAGAGCGCCUUACGUGCGUGCGUGCGUACGUGCGUACGUGCGUACGUGCCGCGUGCGUGCGUGCGUGCGUGCGUGCGCGCGUACGUUCCCUUUUCUCUUCUUCGUCUCGAUUUCGAAUACUCCAAGAGGAACGAGGGAAAGGACUCGCUAGGAAAAAUGGAGUUGCGCUUGCACUCGCCAGCAGGAGCGGAACCGAUCGUCUAUCAGUGGCCUCUUACUUCCGGAUCGGGCUCUGAUCGUCACGAUGGAGCGCUGGACGUUAUCGAAACUAUGCGAUGGGUUUGCGAAGAUUUGCCAGAUCUGAAAUUACCCUUAGAAAAUAAUGUCCUUUGUGACUACGAUCCGAGAGACUACGAAAGUAUGAAAAGCUUGUGCGACAGAUUUAACAGAGCCAUCGAUAGUUUAGUACAAUUGGAAAAAGGCACCAGCCUGCCAACCCAGAGGCUAAAUAAGAGACCUAGUAGAGGUUUACUUCGUCAUAUACUUCAACAAACUUAUAAUCAAGCUGUCGUUGAACCAGACAAGUUAAAUCAAUACGAGCCGUUUUCACCCGAGGUCUAUGGCGAAACGAGUUACGAGCUUGUAUGUCAGAUGAUCGAUCAGAUCGAUGUGACGGUGGACGAUGUCUUUGUCGAUCUAGGUUCUGGAGUUGGUCAAGUGGUUCUUCAGAUGGCAGCUGCAACUUUGUGUAAAAUUUGUAUCGGCGUAGAGAAAGCCGAUGUACCAUCCAAGUAUGCACAGAGCAUGGAAAUAAAUUUUCGAAAAUGGUUAAAUUGGUAUGGGAAGCGAUGCGGAGAAUAUCGUUUAGUGAAAGGAGACUUCUUAGCCGAUGAACAUCGCGAAAGUAUCACUGGAGCUACGAUAGUGUUCGUUAAUAAUUUUGCAUUUGGCCCAACGGUUGAUCAUCAGUUGAAGGAACGCUUCGCCGAUUUACGGGACGGCGCGCGUAUAGUGUCCUCAAAAUCGUUUUGUCCGCUAAACUUUCGAAUAACGGACAGGAACUUGAGUGAUAUCGGCACGAUAAUGCAUGUCUCAGAGAUGUCACCGUUGAAGGGUUCCGUCUCUUGGACCGGUAAGCCGGUGUCGUAUUACUUGCACGUAAUCGAUCGAACUAAAUUAGAACGUUAUUUCCACCGCUUGAAAAACAAUAAACAAGGUGGCUUAGAUGAAAACUCUGAUUCUGUGAUAAGCAACACUGCCAGCAAUAGUAGUAAGAUUUCUAAUAGGAGUGAAAGAGGUGACAGAGCCAAGAGGGAUCUUUCGAGGCACGUAGACAGUCCGAAUCAUUCGGAACAGCAAGGAACAAAUAGUGACUCCGAUCUGGACGACAGCGCUAUUAAGAGUCGUCGACAGCCAAACAAAAUACGGAGAAAAUUCAAUCGAAAAACUACAAACGGCAUUACGAGAGCCCCAGCUAGAGGUAGACAGAGGGGAAGAGGCAUUAAGAGAGCCAAGCCUAAGAAGGCAAUCAAUAUAUCCGGAUUAGAUCUAUUACAUAGUCAGACUUUACUCAGCACGUCACCCCAAGCUCUUGGGAAAAAGCCUCCGCCUGCUCCUGGUUGUGUAGACCAACAGUUGUCUUCAUUGUCGCUUUCUUUGCAAUCGCAUUCCAUUUCAGUGCACGAAGAACUCAGUAUACCACCCGCUCCGUCCGCGACUCCUUACGCUUUACAAAUACUUCUGGACUUGUACAGGGACCAAUUUAUGCUUAUGUUAGAAUCGAUGAGGACGCCCGCUUACAAAGUAUCCAUUAAUACGGAUAUCCUAAAAGAAAGAGAAAGAAACUCCAAGCUUCAAUCGAGAGCGGCGCAAUUGGAGAAACAAAUCAAAGUGCUGAUAGAUGAUAGCGUAGCUCUCUUGAAAGCGAGAAUGACUGAAUUAGGCAUCAAUGCUACGUCACCCGGGGAUCUGUUAGCGAAAGCUAAGGAGAUAGUUCUAAGACAUAAACAGUUACAGGCUAAAGCGAGCAAAUUGCAAGCGCAAGUUGCGUCUAUGGAAACUGAGCAAAAUAGGCUAGUGGCGCUCAGACAUCAAGAAUUACAGGAUAAAUAUAAUGGUCAUGCGAAUGCGAAUGGCAUAAUGAAUCCACAUCAACCGCUCACUGAGGAUUAUUUGUUAAAAGAAAUUUCCGCCACGCUUUCCCAGCGUAAACGAUUACACUCUCAAGUUUCAAAACUAGAGCACGAAUUAAACGUGCUGGAAAGGACAAGUAAUGAAAAGCAAGCCGCUGCCAUUGCUCAGCAGCAAAAGGACGCGAUUGGAAGUAAACACUCGCAAAAUCUACAUUAUGGUGGUCAACAGCAAAAUAAUAAGAAUGGAGCAACGCGUAAAAAUAGGGAAGGCCGUUCGAGGUCGCAGGAAUGGCCCGACGUUCCGGAUAUGGGAAAAAUACAGGAGAAUAAUCCAGAAUUAUUAGCGCAAAAGAUUUUGGAAACGGGAAGACAAAUCGAAGCGGGUCGUGUACCAAAUAGACAGAGUGGCAAUAGUACGUCCAGAACUAGACUGCCACAGGCAUCUCUCAGUUUUUCCACGUCGUCCUCUAUUUCAUCCACACAGUCGCAGACGACGAUAGCCAAUAAAGACAUACCGAAUAGAACUCAAGAGCCACCCAGAGUCGCUAAUUUUGAGGAUAGACUAAAAAGUAUCAUCACGAGUGUAUUGAAUGAAGAUCAGCAAAACAGAAAUAAGCAACAACAGAUGCAGUUGCAAGUUCACGUGCAAAGUCAGUCCGAAUCCGAGAGGAAGCGCGUUCCAUUACCGCAGAAUGUUUCUACUCCGGAUUACACUCAAGUGUCACCCGCAAAGCUAGCACUGCGCCGUCAUCUCUCGCAAGAACGUCUCUCGUCGUCUCAUUUGACAUCGUCCGACAGAUCGACAAUCGAGCCUAGGCAAUCGUCGACGUAUGACAAUGGGCUUGUAGCAGGUGGACGUGGGUUACUCGGUACUAGGACGAUUGGUGACCUCGUCAGCGGAGAAAUAGAAAGGACUCUAGAGAUAUCUAAUCAGUCUAUAACAAACGCCACCGUUGAUAUGAGCGCGAUGAUAAGACCCGAAACCGUCUACUCUCCCAUUAGUAGGCCAGCAAGUGCCGAGGGAGACGCCGGUCUGUCGACGUUGGCGCACGUAGCUAGCUACGCGCCCACCUCUUCGGGAGCUUCUACCUCCACACCUACGACUAAUUCGAGAUCGUCUGUACUCCUCACUCCGGCAACGCAACCACCGAGGUAUACUCACGUUCAAUUGCCGCGAGCGGAUAUUAAGCCUUAUCACGAGUCUUACUUUUCGGAUAAUCCCUCUCAGUCGCUCACACAAUCCCAUUCAGCGGCAUCACCUCUACACUCGUCUCAAAACACAUCGAAUGGGGACGUGUUACCUGUGGAAGGGCUCGCAGCGUCGUUGCACGCUCGAAUAUUGAACAAUCACAACAAUAACGGCAAAACUGAGUCGACGCUUGCCGGCAGUAGAAGAUAUCAGCCAUAUCCGCGAUACGCGACAAACAGUAGUAGUAAUGGAAACGCGACGACGAGUGGUACGGUAACUGCGAUUUGCCAAUCACAACCGUUGAUGUCAGUAAAAACGGAAGCGGUUGUAUCGUCGGUAAGCACAAGUGGAGCACCUCUAAGUCCUCUUGUGGAACCGCAUUCCAAUACUUCGACGCCACUAGUCGAUGAACCCCAGAUGACAACGCAAAGACAACGAAGUGUCGUUGGAGAUGAUGAUGGAGAAGCUGACUGGCAAGAUCGUAUUAGCUCAGGAUUUGAUCGCUUGGUUGCGUUUGCUUCUACAGAAUUAGAUAAACGUAGACGAUCGACUGAAGGAGUGAAUACAAGUCCUGAUAGUGGAUUAGGUUCAGAUAGCGCCGUAAUAGGGCCACCACCUGUACUACCUUCUCCCGAUGAAGCAUUAGGACCGCCGAGAACACCUUCUCCGACUAGCCCCCGUCCCACAAAUUCAUCCAGUAGUAAUCCCCCGAGUGGCACAUCCUCCUCGGUACCUCUGAAAUAUCAACGACAACCAGAUCCUGAGCGACAUCAUUUUAAGAAGAAAUUUUAUCGUCAUGAUUGGAAUAAUUCUGCAAGUACCAGCAAGUUUCGUCCUAAAGGCAAAGAUUGGGAUUGGAAUCAUUCCGGGCAAUGGCCUUCGAAUGACGAACAAUCCUAACUUUAUCUACAUUGUGCGAAAGAUAUUUUUCUGUAUAAAUAAAAAAAAUUUUUUUUUUUUUUUGCUUUUUCUUCCGAGCCUAGGUGAGGGAAACAAACGGAGCAUUGUUUUUACUUUUAAAGUUAUUAAAUUAUUAGAAUUGUUCUCAUUUUGUUAUUAAUAACUCUCUUUUAUAAUAUAAUGACGAAACGUUUUAUCGUGAACAUGGAUAAUAUGAGCUUACAAUAUACAGAAAAAAGAUAUCUUAUAUAAUUAAAUAGAUAAAAAAUCACAGAUUGUUUUUUUCCCACUUUAAUCAUAUUGAACUGUGACUUUAAAAGAACGAUUGAUCAUGUGAGCUUUUUUUGUUUUAUUUAUACAUCGAAAUAAAUUAGGUUUAUUAACAAGUAGCCGCAAAUCUUAAUCAACAAUCAUGAUAUUUGUUCUUGCUGAAGAUGUAAAGAUCCAUGAGUGUACGAAACAACUAAUUUAGUCUGAUAUACAACAUGGAAAAAUAAUUCAUAUUUCUUACUUGUAACAUUAUAAUUUUUCAUAUUGCAACAAUAAGGAAACAGGAGCCUUAAUGAAACGGAAAAGGAAACUUGUGUCUAUAUGUGAAUACUUUAGUCGAUAAAUGCUUCUAGUACAUUUAACUUGAAAUGUAUAUAAUUAUUGUAUAAGAUUAAUAAUGUAAUUAAUCGAUUUCAAGUUUAUAUAUGCUGAUUAAGAUUGCAAGGCUAUUAGCAAUUACGCAUGUUAUAUUGUGAAGAAUUUACAAAUUUUGAAAGAGAGUUAUCAGAUAUAUCACUGACGUAGUAUUUUAACGUAUUAUUAUUAUUAUUAUUAUUAUUAUUAUUAUUAUUAUCAGUAAUCAAAUUUUUUGUAGGGUUUUGUGAAUAAUUCUCACCAAUUAGGUCUCUUGUAACAGUAAUACAAUAUUGUUGAGAUUGUAUGCCAUGUCUGUGUAGAUUAUAUAAAGGUCUCGUAAUCUACGCCUGUAUACACAUGCACACAAAACACAUAACACAAACAUAGAUGCAUACACAUGGCUUGGUGUUGCUGCACAUUAGACAUGUUAAAGAAAUAUUAUAAUGUUGUAGAGAGAUCAUAAUGUAGGAAUGUAUCGUAACGUAUGUAUGUAUGUAUGUAUUGUGCGUGCGUGCGUGCGUGCGUGCGUAUGUAUGACAUUUGAUAUGUAUGUAUGUUUGUACGUAUGACGGUAUGUAUUACAGGCGUAUUACGGUAGACCGAGCAAUUGGCAUUGGAAAAAAGAGGAAAAAAAUAAGCCAGCAAAACCUUUGUGUGUUCGUAGCGAAUAUUGGCUACAAAUUUUAUAUACGGCUAUAUCUUCCACCAUUUGGAGGAUAUAUACCUAAGUGUUCACUGUGGUUCAUAGAAUUAUGGCAACGGAUCGUAAAAAAUAGUCACUUAAAAUGCAUUCGUAUUUUAAGGCAGAAAGUUGAAGGAAAAUUUUUGUUUUCGGUACACAUCUACAUCUACAUCUACAUUGUUGUGUGACUGUGCAAAAUAUCCAAAGAAUGGCAGUUGCGAGUCAGUUUACAAAGUUUUAUAUGGUGCGUCAUAUAAUUGGGCAUCAUGCAUGAUUUUCGGUGCUGCGGAAUGAAUCGAGCAAACGUCGAAUAAACAAGUAGUACUUCAAGUCGACGCUUUAAAAAAGCGAUGCGAUAUUAUAUGUAUAAAGGUCCUUUCUUUUUUACAUUGCCGAGUUAUUCCGGUCGUGUACAGGGCGAUUCUUAAUUAUAUGUCAAUCCAGCACGUAAUCUAUCAUUUACAUAUUAUGAUUUUAGAAUGUGCCACGCCGCACGUGUGAAAAAUAAGGAGAAAAAUGGGCAAACUCGGAACAUCUUAAAUUUAUCACAAUUCGAAAAUCUGAUUGUGAGGUGAUCUGACCAAUCUAUGUUCAUUUGUUUAUGUAGAUGUUUAUUUUGAGCUCUGAUUUAUUGCCUGAACAAGUAUUGACAUAUAAUUUGACAUCAUCUUGUACAUACGUGUUGUAUUACAAUUUUAGUAUUUUAUUUCAAAUUGCACUUGAAAAUAUCGUUAUUUGAUAUCGCUUAUCCCACGUCCUAUUUGAUUCUUUAUCUAAUGAUUUUGGAGACUAGGAGAGAUAAAUUCCCAAUCUAUCUGUAUAUAAUGUACACUGGUACAGAUAUUUUUAAGUGUUAUUUGAAAUGAAAUAAUAUGACUGUAAUAUAGAUAUACCUAUACAUAUAUAUACAUAUAUGGAAGGAUCAUCAUGUUAGACUGUGAGAAAUUGAUUAUCGUAUUAUUUAAUAUAUCCUCUAAACGUCAUUAUGUAUUUAUAGUUAAAACGAGCAUUGCCAAGCAUGCUAGAUACACUGCCGAAUCUUCUCUAUGAAAAUUAAUUUUAUUAUUGACCGCAAUUAUUAUUUAUUGUUUUUAUUGAGAUAUUUUAAUACUAUUACUAUUUGUAACAAGUAAAGUUUUUCUCUAUUAUUUCCACCUUCCCGCAUCUAGCAGUUUUCUAGCGGUACUUUCGAUAUAAAUAAAACGAUUGCUUUGCGGUACUUAUCGUUACUGCAGUUGUUACCUCUUUUAUCGAGGCGCAGUUUAUCAGCGUACAAUAAAUGACAAAUUCUGAUAUGGAUCUUAAUUUUAGAACCCAGGAAAUCAACGUAUUGUCAAACUAAACUCAAGUGCGCGAUACCGUUGGUAUCGUUACGCGGUAUACGUCAGCUACGGUAUAAAUCAGUUUUUCCAGCGGGUUACAUCCGCCGCUGCAGGUAGCAGGUAGCAUAACUCAAAUUAAUUUCUGCUCCAAAUUUAAAAUAUAUAACUAGCGUAUAGAGGACAUAAGUAGGUGUCAAUGACACAAUGGAUAUUUUUAAAUACAGGUGCCAGCAUGCACUUUAUACGUGAACUUCCGAAACGAUAAUGUGAAUACGGGUUUUAUAU